UUUUUUUUUCAAAUUUCAUCUUUUUUAUUUAGUUCUCUGGAGUUGUAUUUUAAUUGGUAAGACCAUUGAAAUUAAAAUUUCAUUAAAAACAAAUUACUUAUUCUUCUCCAAGAACAUGAAGGGUGUCCUGAAGCUUCAUCUACAAGGCCGUUGACGCCAGUUCAACUUCCAUCCAUUUGGAAUUGUUCCUUGUGAAAUUCCCUCUUUGUUUUUCAUCUGUUCCUCCCUUUCUGCCAUGAACGGCUGCUGUGAGCCUCGGUGUGCUGUUGCUUCUCGUAUUCAAGCUGUCAUCUUUGAUUUGGAUGGUACCCUUUUGGAUACAGAGAAAUUUACCAAGAGCACUUUGAAGGAAUUUUUGGAGAAUCAUGGGAAGGUUUUAGACAGUGAAAAUGAAGAUAAGAGGUUGGGGAUGGGCCCACAAGAGUCUGCAAUUGAUGUCAUUAAGGAAUAUGACCUUCCAUUGACACCCCAACAAUUUUUCGAUGAAAUCAUUCCUAUUUAUAAGGAGAAGUGGCCAAAAGCCAAGCCACUUCCUGGUGCUAAUCGCCUCAUUUCACAUCUCCAUAAGCAUGGAGUGCGCUUUGCUCUUGCUUCGAACUCCAAGACAGCAGGUGUAGAGGGAAAAAUCUCUUACCAUGAAGGUUGGAAGGAACAGUUUUCAGUAAUUCUAGGAAGUGACCAGGUUAAAUCAGGGAAACCGUCUCCAGAUUUAUUCCUGGAAGCUGCAAAGAGGAUGGUUGUAGAUGCAGCUCAUUGCCUAGUGAUAGAAGACUCCUUGGUUGGUGUCAGAGCAGCAAAUGCUGCUGGAAUGAAGGUGGUGGCCGUUCCUCCACAUAGUGAAGCUGAUUAUGCUUCCUUUGCUGAUUCUGUGCUUCAUUCACUUCUAGAAUUUCAGCCUGAGCUUUGGGAUCUUCCACCAUUUGAAGACUGGGUAGGUAGCACAUUGCCAAUUGAACCCAUUUAUGCAAGCGGUCUAUUUAGCAAUGGGUUUUUCUGUGAAGCUGAAGAUGAUGAACCAUCUGGUUUCCCAGAUCAAGUUUGGGGACUUUAUUUUGGUUGGGCCAAACUCAACACGCAUGAGGUCUUCAAGGUUUUGGUCGGUGUUGGAAGAGGUCAUUGUACCUGCACUGCCAAGAGAAAAAUUAAACCAUGGAUCAUUGAUGAUGGGAAAGACCAUAUAGCUGACCAGCACAUGCAUCUAUCACUGGUUGGCUUCAUCCGAGGAUUGAAUAACAAUGAAACAUUAAUGGAUUUAGAAGUGGUUGAAGAAGAAAAGUCCAUUGCAAGUGCUUCUUUGGACCUGCCUAUGUUUCUCCACCAUACAAGGGCACCGCUCUUUCCAUGAGCUUCUCUUUGUGAGGCCCUCUGCAGCCUCCAUGAAGAAAGAAUGAGGAUGUAAUCUAUUGUAAGCUCAUGAUAGUUCACUUAAAAACAGUUUGGAGUAGAUGUUGUACUACUAUGUAUAUUGAUGAAUUUGCUCUGAAUACUAAUGCCCAAAGCAAUAUUUCGAUGUACA